AUGGAGAGAGACACGUUUAGUGCCGAUGAUAUAUUAGCAGAGCAUCAAAGAAUGGCUCCACUUGGGAUCGGGACUUUGAAUUCAAGGAUGUAUAGCGCUGAUGUUGAUGAUGGAUACGGAGACGACUAUCUUGAAGCUUACCUCUAUAUUCAGCAUAAUUGUGGAGUAAAGGGUUCCAAACACAAGAAAAAGAUUGUGGAAUUGGGCGCAUAUCCUGUUAAAAAGUAUUCCCAAUUCGUAAAAAAUUUGGGUGCGAUUCAACUAAAAUAG